AUGGUAGAGCCAUCAACAGCAUACAUUACAGCUAACAAUUUACCUCCAGAAAUCUUAUUGCGUGUCUUCAAUUAUCUCGAUACUGUUGAUUUAAUUAAUUGUAUUUAUGUAUGUUCUACUUGGAGACAAACAGCGCUUGACAAUUGUUUGUGGCAAAGAAAGUUGGUGACAAUUUUAAAAACUAAAUGGUCUACUCUUAUAUGUGAUUCUAAGCCCAGCUAUGCUCCGGACCUACAAAAGCUACAAACAAUUCAUCCUUACAAAAUAUAUCACUUCCUUAAGAAAUAUGUUCCUCAACACUUACUUGAUGACCAGAAAGAAGCAUCAAAAGUUCAACUUUUGAUUGAUAGGAUUAAUCAACAUAGUCUUGCUUCGGCUCCACCCGAAGGUCAAUCAACAAGUCCUUUAUCAUUCUGUGAAUUAUUUUGGAGGUGGUGGAGUAAUUUUAGACGUAGAUUGUCUAUCUACCAUGCUUCACGUUCGAAUGACAUAAGUCGUCAGCGUUGUCGAUUUGCAGUAUUUGGACCGGGUUUUGACCAGAGAGCUACAAGUUGCUUGUUUAGUAAAUUGGUUGAUGUAAAAACCAAAUCAUUUGAACCAUUAAAUAUGAUACCAGGUCGAAUGGGCUUUGGUGCUGGACUUACACUUCGGCUGCAUAAUCAAGCUCAAAUGGCAGCAUUAGAUUCUUCUGUAUAUUUUUCUGACAAAACAUUUAAACAUUCAAAAAAUGAUUACAAAAAAUCUAUUCCGAAAGAGACAUAUACACCCAAUUCACAAGCUAUUAAUUACUUAAACGAUUUCAUAUUUGAUUUACAUUAUCUUUACUCUUUAAGUGGACAUUUAAGUCAUAAGUUCAAUAGUCAGCUGGAGCGAAUUCAUGCCAGUCGUCUUUUUACUUAUUCAAAUGAUGUAGAUAUCUCAACUAUUCACUCAUCAUCCUUGAAUAAAUUAAUUGUAAGUAAUGAAAUGAAAUGUUUACUACACGGUAUUUGUGGAAUAAUUUACGCUCUUGAUGCUAGAGAAACAACUGAACAAGCUAUUUAUUUAUAUACCGAACUAAAAACUGUAUUAAAAGGUUUUCCUAAUGAAAUAGCACAUAAAGUACCGAUUGUCAUCCUAUAUAUUAUGCCAAUUGAAGAUAUUUUACAAAAUAAUGAUACAGAAAAUUACAUUCAUUCAAAUUAUUUGAAAGAUUCUACUGGAACAAAUGAAAUCUAUUUAAAUCGUGAUAGUUAUAGCGGUGCAAAUUACACAUUUUCAUGGUGUGGUUCAUUAUUACAACCUUUAACAUGUUUACAUUUGUUUGAAUUUCAAAAUCCAUGGCGUUUACAAAAAUGUGCCAGUAAUGAUAUUAAAGCGGUUAUUCAAAGUUUAAUGUGGUUAAAAUCUAAACAUCCAACUAUUCAUGAUACAAUAAUUUCAACUAAUAUGAAACGUGCAACUUCCACAACAUAUUGA